AUGCUUUUCCACUUCUUACAGGCAUCUUUGUACAACAAUACACAUGAAACUAUUCACAAUGCUUUCUAUCCUUCUGGUAGGAUUCUGGAAAGUGGAACUGCCUCUAGCAUUGAUGCAUUCCAAGAGUAUGACCUAAACCUUAUUGAUAGGGUACGUCUUAUGGAACUUGUUGAGAUGGCCUCAAACACAUAUCACAGCCAUGAUUUAGACACCAUACUGGACAAAUUUGGAUAUGAUGGAGAUGGAGUAAGAGCAAAGGCCUUCAGAUACAACGGAAGGGUAGCCAUUGCAUUCAAGGGAACAACACUCUCGGUGAUGGGGGUGGGAAUAGGAAGAACCUCUAAGAAAGACAAGCUUCUAGACAGGAUCCUAUACUCCAUAUGUAAAGACAAAGGAUGUGAGGAAGAAAAGAUUAGGGAAUUUGAUAGCAUCGGAUACUUCAGUGAUGGUUUGAAGAUAGUCGAUUAUGUCAAAAGAACAUAUCAUGAAGAUAAACCAAUUCUUAUUGGGCAUUCUCUUGGAGGGACAAUUGCAUCACUACUUGGAAUUAGAUACAAUCUCUCUGCAGUUGCCUUUUCUUCUCCUGGAGAUGCACACAUAGCAAGCAUUCUUGGGUUCUAUGAUACAAAAAGAGAUCAUAGCAAUAUUCUACACAUUGGGAUGUGCAAUGAUGUUGUAUUCCGUGGAGAAUGCAGUAAGCCAUACAGUCCUUGCAAUAUUCUUGGAUAUGCUAUAGAAACAAGAUGCCAUGUUGGAAGAUCUUUGUGUAUAAAAGAUGGAGAGUGGAACAGUCUGAUUUAUCAUCCAAUAGAUGUGAUGAGGGCAAAGAUCAUGAUGCCGGAGGAAUUAAUACUAGUUGAAGAUAAUACGAGAACAAAUUGUGUUUACUAG